GCCAUUCCACUUCUAUUCGUGUAUUUAUUUAAUUUAAUUUUGCAAAUUACAGGUUAUUCUGUACACUUAUUUUAUGUUUAUCUAAUUCAUUAACUAUAAUAUGGAUAAACAAACGCAGUUUCACCCUAGAAUAUUGGAUAAGAAACGAACAGCCGGAGAUGGCAUGGAAUCAGAUGAAAGUGUUACAGAGACGGUUAGGAACGUCCACAAGCCAGUGAGGUCAAAUAGCAAAGAUUCUGGAGUUCUUGAGCGUCUGGUACAAGUAUUUCCCACUGCUAUUAUUAGAGCUGAGAAGAAAAGUCCGCACAUACACUCCAGGAGUCCUAAAUUUGUUCCUUAUGAACCAUACCCUGCUGCUGUGAAGCCAAUUACACCUAAGGCAGCCACAAAAGGCGUGAAAAAGUCAAGGAACAACAUGGACAUUAACACUCUUAUCUCUCAAAUGUCCCAAAUGAACACAAACUUGAAUGAGUUCAAACCCAGAGCUAAACUCACUUCCACAAGUGACAAGUCAAUUGUAGAAAGUGAAAAAUCAAGUGCAGAGAUGGAAGAAUUAAAACAAAAAACUAAUGAAUUGUUAAAAGAAAAUGAGUCACUGAAGGAACAAUUGAAACAACAGGCACAGGUAAAUAAAGAACUAAAAACAAUGUUAGUGGCUUCAAUGGGGGAGGACCUUGAGGUGCAAGUACAAUCACUUAAUGAAGACAAAAAACAUUUGGCAAAUGCAUUGCUCAAUUCUGCACAACACCUUUCUACACACCAGGAGCAAACAGAAUGGUUAGCAGGACAGUGUGAAGUAUGGAGGAGUAAGUUUCUUGCCAGCAGUUUGAUGGUAGAAGAACUAGCUAACUGCAAGAAACUAUUAAACGAAAAAACUGACAACCUUCAACAAGCAAUAAGGCAAUUAUUAGACGAAAGAUGUAGAAGUCGAGAUAUGAUGCUAUGUACUUAUAAGAAUCUAUACAGCCUACAUGAAAAAUGGCUUGAGAACAUCACAAUAUCAGAAUAUACUGGUAAUAAAAUGUACAACAGGCCCAUAGGAAACCUCAACUUCAAUGCUACAAUGCCGCAUUCAACCAAUAUUUUAGAUAUGGCGUCGGUUAAUCUGAAGCUGUCGGAGAAUAUCAGCAGUUCUGUGGAUAAACAAGAUAUAAGCCACUUGAAUAGCUUAUCUGCUCUUACUGAUGGGGAGAUCAAUGCUGAAAAUGUGAUGGCAAAGCCUCUUGAAGUAAAACGAAUGAAUGAAGAACCAUUAAAUGCCUUAGUUCAUCACGCCUACAGCAGUAGCGGUAACACACCUCGCCCCGUCGCCUCUUGCGUACAUUGUAACGGGCGAGUCCAAUUAUUGUAGAAUUUUUUUUUUCAAGUACGAAUUUCGCUGUAGUUCAGCAAGAAAAAAACAGGAGAUAGGUAUUGGCAAAUUUACUUGACUUGAGCAGAAGUUGGAUCGGGGAUACGGUUGUCUGUUGAGAGUUCUGUAUUGACAAUCUGAAAUGUAGUGUCUGUUAACAUCUUUACUGCUCUUGUCAUAACUAACGCAUUUCGGUAAAUUUCGAGAUAUUGGCAUGUAAAAUUUUACUGUGACCUAAAAGUGUCAAUUACGCAGAUUUUGUUUCACAAUAAAACUGGAACGAAAUAAGAUAUUUAAAAAAACGAUUAGAGGGCGUUCUAGGUAGAUCUCCUUUAACUGAUCCUAGAUAGUUUAGUUAAUAACUCGACUGCUUACGUGGCCGAACGGUUACUAAGCUGGUCUGCCACCAAAGGUCCCGUACCGGGAGAAAUAUUUGUAUGGCCUAAAAUUUUACUUUUCUCGUGAGCUCGCAAUUUGUGAUUGUAUAUAUCGUCGCCUUAUAGUGACAACCUCGCAUACGCGUUUUCACAAAGUUUGUUUUUACUGAUUUUUAUUGAAAAGAAACUUAUUAUUAUUAAUUAUUAAUAUUCUUGAUCAAAUAUAUUAAAGUAGUAUCUGAACGAGUUAUAAUAUGCGUUUACUAUAUACAUUUUACACCACAUUUUUUAUCUUUGUCCUGGAAAAUUACAUAGAAAUCACGAGGUUUUCACUCUUAUGACGACGAUAUGUAUGUCUAUGGCACCCGCGACACAGGGUUUCCCUAAUGUGGGGCUAUGAUUGGCUAUGAUGUCAGUCAAACUGCCUUAAAAAGUUGUAAGUAGUAUAUAGAACAGUCUACUUUACGGUCUUCUACUAUACAAAUGUAACAUAAAAAAAUAUACUAGAGCGUCUUAUAAAAUUGAAGGAUUUAGUCAUGUCUGGCGACAUUUACUUCCAGUACUUUGUCUUAUUUAAUUACUUAUUUAUUUAUUUACAUUAGACGCACGUGAGGAGGAAAAAUGAAAAACAACUGUAGCUGCAUGACACGACAUCUACGUUAAUGCCAUAAUUAACACCUUUUCAGAUUAACUACUUGAUAUGAAAUCUGUAUCAACUCAUUCCAUUUUUUAGAUAAAAACAAAGGUCCUAGCUUCAUAUAAUCAAAAUUAUAAAAUUAUUCUUUUUUUUUCUUUGAAUUGAGAUGUUUGGUCAUCACUAUUCAUAAUAAAGUAUUAUAAAGUUGAUAUUAAUAAGUUCCAAUUCCUUACCAACGCUGUAAAUAACUCAUAAUGUUUCUGCAAGAUAUAUGCUUAACUCAUGAUAUCUUGUAUAAUAUUAGUAUUCCGAAACGUACACUAAAAAUAGCUAUUGCGAUAAGCGUAACUGUUUAAAAUAAGUAAGUAUACAAUUACUCCACUGACUGCCGUACCAAGUUGACGUUCAUUACCGAUCGUUACAUAAAAACAAAUAUAUAGUUUUUUUUUAAAUAAAUACCAUAAUACAUAUUCACCUGACAGUAAGCUGCAAUAUGGCCGAUAGUAGAGUACACUAAACCUAUUUUUAACCGACUCAAAAAAAGAACAGGUUCUUAAUACAAUUAUUUGAGUGUGUAUGUUACGCGAUUACUCCGACAUUUGUGAACCGAUUUCGAGGAUUCUCUUUUUGUUGGAAAGGGG